AACUAACGCCAUGUCAAUUGAAAGUGUACAAACAAAGGCAUUCCAAGACCAAAAGCCUGGUACAUCUGGAUUAAGAAAGCGUGUCAAAGUAUUCCAACAAGAUCAUUACACUGAGAACUUUGUAUGGGCUACACUCCAAGCAAUGUCAAACCCACCAGCUAAGGGUUCCACUCUAGUCUUAGGUGGUGACGGUCGUUACUAUGGUGUUGAAUGUGCACAAAAGGUACUCAAAUUGAGUGCAGCAGCUGGCGUUAAGAAGGUUAUCGUCGGUCAAAACGCUAUUUUAUCAACACCUGCAGCUAGCAACCUCAUUAGAAAGUACAAAGCAGAUGGUGGUAUCCUUAUGACUGCUUCACACAACCCAGGUGGUCCAGACAACGAUUUUGGUAUCAAAUUCAACGUCGCAAACGGUGGCCCAGCUCCGGAAUCAGUUACAAACGAAAUUUUCAACAUCACAAAAUCAUUGACUUCAUAUUCCAUCGCUCAAUUACCUGAUCUUGAUAUUAGCAAAGUUGGUAACUUCAAACACGGUAAUUUAGAAGUUGAAGUAGUCGAUUCAGUUAAAGAUUACGUUGAAUUGCUUAAAGGUAUCUUUGACUUUGAUUUAAUCAAGAAAUUCUUGUCAGAAAACCCAUCAUUCAAAUUCCUCUUUGAUGGUCUUUCCGGUGUUACAGGUAGCUACGGUCAAGCUAUCUUCCUUGGUGAACUCGGUUUGUCAAAAGAUAGCGUUCAAAACGCUGUUCCACUCCCAGAUUUCGGUGGAUUACACCCAGACCCUAACCUCACAUACGCUCAUGAUUUGGUUGAACGUGUAGAGAAGGAUGAUAUCACAUUCGGUGCUGCAUCAGAUGGUGAUGGUGAUAGAAACAUGAUCAUUGGUAAAGGUGUCUUCGUUACACCUUCAGAUUCUGUUGCAAUCAUCGCAGAUUGGGCUCACGUUAUACCAUACUUCAAGGGCGGUUUGAAGGGUUUAGCAAGAUCUAUGCCAACUUCAGGUGCUAUUGAUAGAGUCGCAAAAGUUAAGAAUGUAGAAGGAUUUGAAGUUCCAACAGGAUGGAAGUUCUUUGGUAACUUAAUGGACGCUGGUAAGCUCUCCAUUUGUGGUGAAGAAUCAUUCGGUACUGGAUCUGAUCACAUUAGAGAGAAGGAUGGUUUAUGGGCAAUCGUCGCUUGGUUAAACAUUAUCGCAGCUGCCAACCAAGAACACAAGGGAUGGAACAUCAAAGACAUCCUUCAAGCACACUACAACAAGUACGGUCGUAACUUCUUCUCUAGAUAUGAUUAUGAGGAGGUCGACUCACAAGCUGCUAACAAUAUGAUUGAACACCUCACAAAAACCUUUGAAACCAUUGAUGGUACCCAAUUAAAGGCAACCACUUCAGAUACCACAUUCACAGUUAAGGAGUCAGGUAACUUCUCCUACACUGAUCCAAUUGAUGGCUCAGUUUCAAAGAACCAAGGUCUUUACAUUGUCUUCCAAGAUGGUUCCAGAGUUAUCGUUAGAUUGUCAGGUACAGGAUCGUCUGGUGCAACUAUUAGAUUAUAUGUCGAAAAGUACUCAACUGAAUCAUCAGAAUAUGGUCAAGAUGCACAAGUUGGACUUUUACCUUUGAUUGAAGUAGCAUUGUCAUUAUCAAAAUUACAAGAAUUUACUGGCAGAACUAAGCCAACUGUUAUCACUUAGAUAUUUUGAUUCAUUCGUUGUUGAGUUUGUUUAAUCUUCUCUUGAAGUUUGUGAAAUUCAUUAUUUAGAAUAAAAUGCCGUUGUUUAAGACUUGUCAAUUCAUUUCUAUAGGCUUGCUUAUCAAAUAACUCCUUGCGUAACUCCUCAGCCGUCUGUAGAGGUGCUCUAUGCGACACUUUCUCUGUCGUAUGCUCCUGUUGUUGUUCACGAAGGUAUACACCAAAAAUUAAACUAGCUGGUAUAAUUACUGCAGAAGAUAUUAAUAUUUGUUUUUUGCUCAAUCCCAUUAGUCGAGGUUGUUAAUGAAGUCACGAGGAGCUACUGAUUCCGGACGGCCAUCAUCGUGAAAUGUCGCACGAAGAAAUACCGCUACCAUUGGGAUGGUGAGCUUAUCUUAUUACAACUUUAUUUAUCUAAUAGUUUUAUGUCGAGUAUGUU